AUCAUCGUUUGCAUAUCACGUGACGCAGUUUUGACAAAUCAAAUAUUGCCUUCCUUUUAUUCUUGAGGUGAAGCUAAAAGGUCUGUAAGAAGCGUUUGUGUUUGCUCCUUGGAAAUGUGUGAGCGCAAUCUUCUCAACUCCGGCUAUGUUGGUUCUUUGCUGAAUUUCCCCUCACCGGACUCGUUUUAUUUCCCCAAUCUGCGGGGCAAUGGAGGUCAGUUCCACGGUCUUCCCCCAAUUUCCUACAGCAGGAGAGAGGUGUGCUCGCUCCCGUGGACUUCACCAAGUUCGUGCGCAUCUCCGCCACAGAGUCGCGCCUUCGGUGGCUACUCUCAACCCUUCUUUUCAAAUUCAGUACCUCAAAGUACCAACCAAAACAAUCAGAAGGGACCACUGGAUGAAUGCAGCAAAUGUUACUUUCAGGAUACAAACCUCAAACCAGAGGAACCAGGCAGGCAAGCGUCAUCUUUUACAGGUGAGCAUGGAAUAACCUGUUCCGCUAACUCUGACGUGUAUGAAUUUUCAAACUUGGAAAGACGUUCGCAAAACUCGACGGCGCACGCUGAACUGAAUUCAAGUAGCCAAGAAAUUUCGGAAGGCAUGAAGCAGUCGACCAACUCGGUCACAACACAGCCAUCUUCAAGUAACUGCACCAGAGCUUUCCCGUCUGAUGGUGUAUCAUGGGGCCCCUCACACGUGAAAUCCAGAAAGAAGCGAAAGCCGUACACGAAGCCGCAACUCGCUGAGCUGGAGAAUGAGUUUAUGAUGAACGAAUUCAUUAACAGACAAAAAAGAAAAGAGCUCUCUGACAGGCUGGCCCUGAGUGAUCAACAAGUAAAAAUCUGGUUUCAGAACCGCAGGAUGAAGAAAAAAAGACUGAUGAUGCGCGAGCGCGUAUUUUCAGUGUUCUGAAAGAGUGGGACUGGUAGUGACCUCCACGGCAGUUCACCCGAGA